AUGGAUCCUGUAUGUGAUUUGUGUAGUGAAGCGAGGGCAGUGGUGUAUUGUAAAUCAGAUUCAGCGAGGCUUUGCUUGCAAUGUGAUGACUAUGUGCACUCACCAAAUCUUAUAUCACGAAGACAUUCUCGUUCUUUCAUAUGUGACAAAUGCAAUUCACAACCAUCAGUUGUGAGAUGCAUGGAUGAGGCAAUAAGCUUAUGUGAACGCUGUGAUUGGGAUGGAAAUGGCUGCAUCGGGACAGGGCAUCGACUCAAGAAGUUGAAUCCUUACACUGGAUGUCCCUCUCCUGAUGAGUUUACAAAGAUGUUGUCACAAGUUCUUGAAAUGCCUAUUGGUACUGACACUAAUUUUGGAAGCUUUGGUAAUUCUUUUUGUAGCUCGUUGAGUAUUAAUGAGAAUAAUAGCAGUUUGGAGACUAAAGUGAAUGAAGGUUCAUUUGUUCCUAGUAAGCUAAAUGAGUUAGCUUCUAAUUAUAAGUUUGAAGCAGCGUGGGCAAUUCCUCUCGAACCAAAUUACCUGACUUCCUAUCACCCAGAUCUGACACCCUUCUCAGAGGGAUCUGCCCUUUCUAAGAAAGAUUGUCCGAUUAAGGAUCUUGGAUUACAGGAAGGUGAUGUUCUCUCAAAAGGUGUUGAUUUUGAUGACGUGACAUUGGAUUUCAACUGUGGUUAUGAGAUUUUGCCCAAUUCACUACCGACUGGAUUCUCUGAUGAAAACAAGGAAUUAGAUUGCCUAGUCAUGGAGAAAAAUUCAUCUGUCACAGGAUCUAAUAAUGUGGAAACAUCUCACGAGGCAACAUCUUCAGUGCAGCAAGAGUAUAUGGGGUUGCAGUCCUCACAAAUGUCUGCAGCUGCGAGUUCAACGAAUCUAUUGCAGACAAUGAGUGCCAAUGCUAAUUGCAUGCUUAUGAAUUCCAAUUGCAACGGAAGCAUUGGCGCCUUACCCUUUCUACCUGCACCAAUUCAUCCAAGCAUGUCAUUAUCACUCUCCAACAUCACUGGAGAAAGUUGUGCAGAACAAGAUUGUGGAUUGUCACCGGGGUUUCUGAAUGAAGCACCAUGGGAUUUGAGUUUGGAAAAUUGUCCACAGAAAAGGCAUGAAGCCAAGAUGAGAUAUAACGAGAAAAAGAAAACAAGAACGUUUGGUAAGCAAAUAAGAUAUGCUUCACGUAAGGCUAGGGCAGAUACCAGAAGACGAGUUAAAGGUAGAUUUGUUAAGGCUGGUGAAGCUUAUGAUUAUGAUCCAUCUGAAACAAGAGAUUUCUGA